CUGAAAACUUCAAAAUACUUUAAAUAGUUUUUUUUUUUUGAAUACAUACGUAAAUCUAAUAAGGAUUUUAUAAAAAUUUUGAAAUAAAGCAUUUGAAUUAAUAAAAAGUAUAAAUUGUUAAAUAAUUCGCACUGCUGGCAAGUGUGAGAAUUUCUGUGUCAAAGCCAAAGGUGUCGUAGUUACAAAUUGGUGUUUGUUUUGAAUAUUUUUGGCAAUUAUUUUAAAUAUAGAUUAAAUUGAAAUUUGUAAUGAGGUUUCUUGCUUUUACCUGACUCGCAGUACAUCCCUUUUAUAAGAAUGUCGGGUGGAAGAGAAUCAAGUGUUACGAAUAAUUCCAAUGGUAUAAAUAAUCAUAAUAGCAACAAUAAUUCUAUUAAAUCAAGAGGAAGGCCGGCUAAGAAGCCUGCCACUUGCACAUGGUGUGGAGAAGGGAAAACUCCUUUAAUAUACGUAUUUCCAACACAAAAUGGUAAAAAGGAAUUUUGUUCAGAAAAUUGUAUUGCCGAAUUCAGAAAGGCUUACAGUAAAGGUGCAUGUACCCAAUGCGAUAAUGUAAUACGUGGUGAUGCCCCGUGUAAAGAGUUUUGUUCAACAUUUUGCCAAAAUAAAUAUCAAAAACGAAACGGAACACACUCGAAUCGACAAUCAAUGAAUAAUAAUAAUUCCAAAGAACAGGAAAGAAAUCGAAACAGCCCCGCAACAACGCCAACUGGACCAUUUCAAUAUGAAAGUUUUCAUGUUUUUGAUUGGGAUGCAUAUCUGAAGAAAACUCAAAGUGUUGCUGCUCCUUCGGAAUGUUUUAAACAAGCAUCCAAUCCCCCGCAAAAUGAUUUCAAAAUUGGUAUGAAAUUAGAAGCGCUAGACCCACGAAAUUUUACAUCAACUUGCAUAGCAACUGUUGUUGGGGUUUUAGGGUCUAGAUUAAGGUUACGUUUAGAUGGUAGUGAUAGUCAAAAUGAUUUUUGGCGCUUAGUUGAUUCUAAUGAAAUUCAUCCAAUUGGGCAUUGUGAAAAAAAUAAUGGAAUGCUUCAACCUCCGUUAGGCUUUAGAAUGAAUGCAAGUAGUUGGCCAACAUUUCUAGUAAAAACAUUAUCAGGAGCAAAAAUUGCACCAGAGGAAAUAUUUAUGAAAGAACCGGAAGGUCCUGAUAAAAAUUUAUUCAAAGUUGGACAAAAAUUGGAAGCAGUUGACAAAAAGAAUCCUCAGCUGAUUUGUUGUGCGACUGUCGAUGCUGUGAAAGAUAAUAUGAUACAUGUUACAUUUGAUGGUUGGCGAGGGGCUUUUGAUUAUUGGUGUGAAUACCAUUCUAGAGAUAUAUUUCCUUGUGGUUGGUGCGCUAGAAGCUGUCACCCAAUGCAACCACCUAGAUCUAUGCAACCACAUCGGUCAUCGCGUCAAUCAUACGCUCUUAUAGAAGAGUGUGAUAUGAAACCAGCAAAUCCAGUAACAGCUCAUUUUCAUAUGAAAUGUAAUGGUGGACCUUUAGUAAAUACGUCACGUUUACCCUCAAAGGUUACCGGACCAACACAUCAAACUUUAGCAAAAUUAUGUAUACAAGAAAUUUUAGCUGCAAGCACAGAUACGUCGCAAGUUUCGCCUUUGCUGUAUGCAUUAGAAGGUGAAGUUCAUAUAGUGACAGCUGCUGGCAAAAAUUUUACUGUAAAAAUUCCCCCUCAUCAAAUGAAAGAUGACAAAGGAUUUUCGACAUUUUUGGAAAAUUUAUGCACAUCAUGUCGAUCAUGUCCUAAUUUAAUAUCCUUAGAACCAGAACCAGAUCAAUGUGAAAAGUGUUUAAAAUCGGCUAUGAAAAGAUCUAUUAAAUCAGAAACUCCACCACCUGUACAAAUCAAGAAAUGUAAAUCGCCAUCUGUUGAUCGUGAUGAACCAGCUACUUCUACGACGCAAAAUAAUGUUGAGGACGUUAAUUUAAAAGAAGACGAGUUGCCUUCAUCAAAUGAAUUUUCAACAACAGAUGUUUCGCCUCCAAUUAAUAAUUUAAGCGAAGUUCCGAAUUCAACGACACCUCAUAUAUCAUCUGCAGCUAAUGCAGCUGCUUCAAUGCCAUGUAGUUCCACAAUUGUAACAGCAUCAUCGGAAUCCACAUCUUCUUCUACAUCAUCAUCAUCGUCGUCGUCAUCUACAUCUUCUUCCUCAUCAGCAUCUGUAUCAACAUUAUCAUCAACUGUGACAGUAAACAAUGUAGCCACAUCUUCUAACAAUUCAGUACCUUUCUUAAAAUCAACUCCAAAUGAUUGGAGUAUAGAAGAAGUUAUUCAAUUUAUAGCAAUAAAUGAUCCUUUACUGGCUGUCCAUGCAGAUUUGUUUAGGAAACAUGAAAUUGAUGGCAAAGCGUUACUGUUACUUAAUUCAGAUAUGAUGAUGAAAUAUAUGGGUCUUAAAUUGGGGCCAGCCUUAAAAAUUUGCAAUUUAGUAAAUAAGAUAAAAGGACGACGUAAUAAUUUAUCUCUGUAAAUAACAAAUAAAAAACAAAAAAAAUAUGUGUAUAUUAAUAUAUAUACAAGUUAUAUAUAUAUAAAUAUAUAUAUCUCAAUAUAUAUACAUAUAUAUAUAUAUAUAUAUACGAAAUAUAUACAUUUAUGUUAUAUAAAAGUAUGUAUAUAAGCAAAUAUUUAAGUAUCUAUGAGUUAUAUAAAAUACAUGUAAUGAAAUCAGGUUUAAUUAAUUUAAAAAAAAAAACUUAACAAAUAGGUUAUAAAAAAAUUGGAUUACAAAAAAAAAAGAAAAAAAAAUAUAACCAAAAAAGGCUACAUAAGAUAGACUUAUAAAAAAAUUGUUAGGGAAUUUUUAAAUCCUUAAUAAACCCUUUUUGAGAGACACUUUAAUUUAUACAGUUGUGCUCAAUUGAUUAAGGCCACGAAAAUCCAGUUUAAAAACGUUUAAAAGUGUUAUACAAUUUAAUUUGUCUGCAAUUGUACUAAGGCAUGAAAUUAAAGUUACUAAUUACAUCUAAACCUCAAUAAAGAUUUGAAAUAUUUGUUUUGCAAAAUUUGUUUCGGUUUUACUUGAAUUAUUAUGCAAGUUAUUUUUUUGUGAUUAAAAUUUUUUUCAAAUCCAUAUUGUUCAGUACUAGAACGUUAAAUUUUAAAUUUGACAAGUGUUUGUACACAUUAGCAAACAAUUUUGAAUUGUAUGAUAUUUUUGAAUAUCAUUGAACAUCAUAAUAUUAAUGGUUUUUUUUAACUAUUUUUUACCUUAAGAUUUGGGUAUGACCAUAUUUUGCAUAAAAUUAUAAUUUAUUUCUAUAAAUAUAUUUACAAUUUCGAAGCAGCAACAUACUUCUUGAAAUUUCAAUGAUCUUAUGAUUUGACAAAACAUUUUAACCAUAUGAUUGUUGUGUUUACAAUUCUUGCAAUCAAAUAUCGUCAAAAAAUUAUUUACAGAAGAGGUUUGCAUUGCAUGCAUUAUUUGCGUAAUUAUAUUCAAAUGCAAAUUUAAUGAAGUUUGUCUUAAAUUUUAAAGAUAAAAAAUCCUGAUCGAAAUUAUUCUUUUUUAGUAAAACUACGAGUAGUCUUUUAAAUUUUUAAUAAACA